AUGGGAGAAUAUCCCGAAGGCACUUCCUCGACGUCGCUACAUGGCAGCCCCAAUGCAUCGCAGCUAAAUGACGACUUCAAGCUGGGGACAUUUUCGAUUGACGAGUACAGGCCUAUCAAGGUGGUCGUCAUUGGUGCGGGCUUCAGCGGUAUUAUUGCGGGGAUCAGGUUCCCCCAGCGGGUUCCAAAUCUAGAUCUUACUAUCUAUGACCAGAACGCAGGGAUCGGGGGGACGUGGUACACGAACAAAUAUCCUGGUCUGGCAUGCGAUAUCCCUUCCCAUUGCUAUCAGUUAACCUUCGAGUCCAAGACCGAUUGGUCCAGCUUCUACGCGCCCGGCGCCGAGAUCCGCUCUUACCUCCAGUCGAUUGUCGACAAGUACAAGCUCAUGCGUUACAUCAAGCUCCGCCACCGGCUCGUGCACGCGCGUUAUGACGAACCCACCGGCAAAUGGCACCUGCGCAUUCGCCGGCUGAUGGUGCAGACUAAUGGUGCAGGAUCUGAAGCCGAAGUAUAUGAAGAAUUUGAGGAUACGGCUGACGUACUCUUCACGGGCGUGGGGAGCUUGAGUCGAUGGGGCUGGCCGGACAUUGCCGGUCUACGAGACUUUAAAGGCGAACUCUUCCAUACGGCGGAUUUCGACGUCGGCAACAAGACAUGGCAGGAGGCGACGGAGGACUGGCAGAACAAGCGUGUGGGGGUCGUCGGUGUGGGUUCAAGUGCCAUCCAGAUCGUACCCGCGCUGCAACCACGUGUGGCGAAGAUCGUCAACUUUGUGAGAGGCAAGACUUGGAUCUCAACGCCGUUCGCGAGCGCGAAACUAGCCGAGCUACUAAAGCGGGAUCCGGAUGCACAGAAUUACGUGUUCACGGACGAGGACAAGGCGGCUUUCAGGGAUCCCGAAUUCUAUAAGCAUUUUCGACAUGAGCUCGAGGCAGAUCUCAACUCGGUUCACCAGAGCACGCUGAAAGACAGUGGCAUGCAAUCAAAUGCGCGCGCGGCCUUCCAUGCUCAUAUGGUCAAGAAAUUAGCGAAGAAGCCAUGGAUAGCAGACCUAUUGAUACCCCAAUUCGGUGUGGCAUGCAGGAGACUGACAUCGGGACCUGGGUAUCUCGAGGCUCUUUGUGAAGACAACGUUGACUUUGUUGCGACCCACAUCAAACACAUCACAUCUACUGGAAUCGAGUUGGUCGAUGGUACCCACCAAGACUUCGACGUGAUCAUCUGCGCGACAGGCUACGACUACUCUUUCCACUUCGACUUUCCCCUAAUCGGACGGGGCGGCGUGUCCAUUCAAGAAAAAUGGACACCUCAUCCCUCCACCUACCUUGCGGUGUGUACCGACGGAUUCCCAAACUGCUUCAUGUCAUUAGGCCCGAACUCGGGAGUCGGCUCAGGCUCACUUCUCGUGUUGAUCGAGCGCCAGAUCGACUACGCGAUCGAGGCGACAAAGAAGCUGCAGCGGGAGCGACUGAAGAGUAUCGAGGUCAAGCAGGAGGCAGUGAAGGACUUUGAUGCGUAUUUGGAGCAUUAUUUCCCGAAGACGGUCUACAGCGAGAAAUGUCGCUCGUGGUACAAGAUGGGCAAGGAGCAAGGCAGGGUUGUCGCACUGUGGCCUGGGUCGUGUCUUCACGCAGUUCGCGCAAUCCAAUAUCCGCGCUGGGAGGAUUACAACUACGAGUACGCGGAUGGUGUCCGUAAUAGGAUGCACUGGCUCGGAGAUGGGCAGACGUACGACGAGAAGACGAUGCAAGGUGAUAGAGCGUGGUACCUUAGCGACGAAGAAGUCGAUAUACCACCAGGUAAGGCGUCUUCAUCCUACACAAAACCCAAUUGA